AUGUUUUUGGAGGAUUUGUUUCAGAAACUAAGAGAAAGUGGUGUGCCUCUAGACUUAGCUGGUGAUGGCCGAAGUGACUCGCCUGGUCAUUCAGCAAAAUAUGGAGGCUACACUAUCAUUGAACAAAAACUGAACAAAAUUCUAGAUAUUCAGCUUGUACAGAGCAAUGAGGUGGGAAGUAGUAAUGCUUGUGAGCUGGAGGGCCUUAAGAGGUGUGUGAGGCAGUUGGCUGUCCAAGGUCUGAAUUUGUCGUCUAUUGUCACAGACAGACACAAACAAAUCAAUGCCUACAUUCGUGAUGACCUGACCCAAAACAUGCGAAUAGCUGCCAACAUGAAGCACUAUUUUGAUAUAUGGCACGUUUCCAAAGGACUCAAGAAAAAACUCGAUGCCCUGUGCAGGAGUAAAGGUUUUGAGGAUGUGGCACUUUGGAAGAAGGCAAUCAUCAACCACAUGUACUUUUGUGCAGCCUCUGUUCCAGAGGGGGAGGCUGAACUUCUUUUGACCAAAUGGAAAUCCGUGGUCAAUCACAUACACAAUGUUCAUGACCAUGACAACCCAUUAUACCCAACUUGUGACCAUGGCCCCUUAGUAAAUGAAGAAGAUCGUGACAAAGAAUGGCUUGUACCAGGUACUCCACAAUCUGUUCGACUGGAAGAGAUUUUAGAGGCGCCAAAUCUGUGCAGAGACAUCAAACGUUUGUCCCCAAGGUAUCAAACUUCAUCCCUGGAAGCCUUCCACAGCCUGAUCAUUCACUUUGCCCCAAAACACACCCACUUUAGUUGGCUUGGACAAUUGACACGGUAUUACUUGGCUGCUCUUCACUACAAUGAAAACAGUGAGAGAAUGCAAGCAGUAACAGAAAAUGGGCAACCAAGAUGGUCAAUCAGAUUUCCAAAGUAUAAGAAGGGUGGCUACACAGUUAGAAAGGAAAAAACACAGCCAACAUACAAUUACACUGACACGAUUCUUCAGAGGCUUCAACAAGAGUUUUCUCAUAGCCCUGCUCAGCUUCGAGAUUCAAUUCAAGAGGUUCACCAGAACCAACCAGACACCCUCUCAAGUGACAUGGAUGUUCCUGACAAGAGACAAGCAGUACAGCAACAUGUGCACCGCUUUGCUGACCAUUAGUGGAAUAAAUGAACUGUAAUG